CGGCACCCUGCAUGAAGCUCCCGUCCCACUUUACUUCCAAACCUCAGUCGUCGUUUCAAUCGUCCCGUUUUUUAACUUUUCAGGGCGAAGGAACUGGCGGUGGAACCUGAAGGGGCGUCGGCCCUCUGCCAGGGGGCGGGGCACGUGGACCAGCUGGACCUGCUGGAGGACCAGUGGGCCGUCGGCAGUUCUCCACAGAGAGACGACCUGAAGCUGCUCUGUGAACGCAACGUGGAGGAGGUUUCCCCGCAGCUCUUCACUUUCCAUGAAGCCGUCUCUCAGCUGGUGGAGAUGGAGGAGGAGAUCCUGGAGGACCACAGGGACGUUUUCCAGGAGUCGAUCCGCUGGCUGGAAGACGAGAAGGUGCUCAUGGAGAUGACGGAGGCGGUGGACUACGACGUCGAGUUCUUUGCAACCCAACUAGAACUGAUCCUGGACCAGAAGAUCCGGAUCCUCACGGAGCUGGGAGUUAAAGUCAAGUCUUUCCGGUCCACACUCAUGGAAGAGGAGCAAGCCAGCAAGAUGAUCAACCCGAGGACGGCUCACGCACUAUUAUAGACGCACAUAAUGCAUAUAUAUUUAUUUCCCUGUCAUGUUGACGAAGGCCUUCCUGCCACUGAGGAGGUUCAGAGCCGCUGAUGCUCAGCUGUGAUUUUUUGUUGUUGAUUUCCUGUCUUCUGUGUGUUUGGUCUCUUUGCUGUACAGUCGCUUCCCAUCAUGCAUCUGUCCAUCUGUAAAACCAAAGGGCAGACUUUGCUCUCUCUCCUCCUGUGAGCUGUUACAAGGUUUUGUAUGUGUGAUGAGUCACAAGUGCUUCAUUAUAAUAAAUAAAUAAAAGGUGAAUAAUUAUUUGUUUAGAAUACAUUUUUUCAAAGAGUGA